GACAAUUUGACAUUUUAAUUUUAUGCAUGAGUGAAACGACCGCAAAGUUUGAUGCAAUUUUGUUAUUGUAAGGUUAAAUCUUUUCUUAGAACCAUUAAUUAUAAAUAACAUAUGCAUAAUUUCAUAAAAUAUAUUCUUUGAUUAUAUAUAGUAAAAAAAAAGAAUAGUCAGUUUUCAAUUGUUUGUUAUGCAUUAAUUUUAAUGUUAUCAUUGACUGAUAAAAAUAUUUGAAAUAUUUUUGGUAUUUCAAAUAAAGAAAAACUAAGAUCAGAAAAAUUUUGAAAUUAAAAAAAAUGGAAGUGAAAAAUGUGUUAAUGAAGGUUUCUAAGUUAUUAAAUGUCUUCUAUGUACAACAGAAUCGGACAAGCAGCGUGGUCAAGUGUUGGAAAUGGAAUAUCGGUGAAUUUAUUAAAAAUCAAGCAAAUCAAGUAAAUUUGAAAUAUGCAGUACUUAUACUUAACCGAACUAUACCUCAGAGAAACGAUUUCAUAAAAGACUUAUGGAAUAAUGCAACUUUAACUAUAGCAGUUGAUGGAGGAAUGGUGCAUUGGGAUAAUUUUGUAAAUAAACUAACUGAAAAUGACAGAAAGAACAUGAAACUGCCUGAUCUGAUCACAGGAGAUUUUGACUCAAUCACCAAUGAUGUCCUAGAAAAAUAUAAAAAGAAAGGUUGUAAGACUAUACACACACCAGAUCAAAAUCACACAGACUUUACGAAAGCUUUGAAGGAGUUAAAUAAUUACUGUGAACAAGAAAAAAUUCAGGUAGACCAUGUAAUAGCAGUUGCUCAAAGUUCUGGGAGAUUAGAUCAAAUUCUAGGGAAUAUACAAACAUUGUAUCUAGUCAGAGAAGAAAGAUUACUAAACCCCAACACUAAAAUGUAUCUAAUGUCUGGUGAUUGUAUAGCGUGGCUAUUAAGCCCUGGUGCUCAUAUUAUUGAUAUACCAGAAGAAUGUAGAUGCAAUGAAGAAUGCUGGUGUGCAUUGAUGCCAGUAGGGGAAGCUUGUGAUAGUGUUACAACUAGUGGACUUAAGUGGAAUUUAGACAAACAGCAGUUGAAAUUUGGUCGUUUAGUGAGCACAUCAAAUACAUUUGAUGGCUCGGAACAAGUGAAAGUAAAGUGCAGUAACACCCUUCUAUGGGCUAUGGAAGUUCCUAGUUUAACAAACACUUAGUUACCUACUAUACCUCAUCAUAACUGCAAAAAUUGUAAAAGUGGGUUUCAGAAUAAUUAUUAUAAUAGUGAAAUAAAAA